AUGAUACGGGUUCAAGGCACGUGUCGCUCUUCCAGUGGCCACGCUCUAUCGCGUUUACGCAUGGAUCCCGGUGAAGAUAGAAGUGAGGCAAAGAGGCAACAGCAGCACAUGAAUAUGGUGGGAUACGUGGCUGAUUCUGAGUAUGGGAUUCCGACGAGGUGUCCCUGUGGUGGGAGGAUAAUUAACGAGGUGAGGGGGAAGGACCACGACGACACUCUUCCUGGCAAGCGGUUCUUCACGUGCAUUCACUACGAGGGUGAUGGUUUACACUAUCGGCAGCCUUGGGUGAUUGGUGUCCAGGAGCAACUCGAAAUCCUGACUAAGCGUGUGGAGGAGGCUGAGCAGCUGAUCAAGUGGGUGCCGGAGCUCAAACAACAGAUUGAGGGACUGGAGGCAGAGGUUAAAGGCCUCACGGGGGUUGUUGAUCACCUGAACGCUGAGGUUUAUAACCUCACUGUGCAGGUUGGACGCUUGGAGAAGGCCUGCUUCGACUAAAAACAAAAGGUCGCGGUUGCAGGAGGUGGAUGCGUGUGGAGGUGGAUGCGUGUGGAGGUGGAUCCUUGUUCAGUCUGUUUGUAUUAUGAGGCACGGGUAGUAGUGUAGGUCUGUUUCAAUCACGGGAAAGUGUAGAUUUUGUUUGUUUCUACACUUCUCUUUCCAUCACGGCUUUAAACAAUCAUGUAUGUUUAGUUUAUUUCUUCUGUUUUGUACUCACGGGUGUAUGUACCCGAUAUGUCUCUCAAUCAUGUAUGUUUGACCCUCACGGGUGAAA